AUGAUAGACCCCGUGGUGCGGUUCCAAUGGACUAGUGGGUCUUCUCGCAUGGAUGAGUUUGGGAAAGAAGUACAGACGACUUGUUACACUGACGCGGAUCAGCGUCGUCCCUACUUUAUUAUCCUGCCGGCUGAGUUGGAAGACGAGGACGAGUUAAUUGGAUGCACGGUACUUCAGCGAAUUUGGCAGUACCUUUCCCCCGAUAUCCAAACAAUCAAAAUCGACAAAAACUGCCUGUUGGAGUCGAUUUCGAACGAUAGACCGGAAGAGUGCUGGUUAGAAUCAAUCUCUGAUGCCCGCUUACCCCUAUUGGAUUCUUCACCUGGACUCCAGAACUGUCCCAAAGUUCAAUAUUCGAAGCUCGUGGAAGUCGACAGGCUUGAACCAUUCGUCGAUCUAAUGGUUCAUUCCGACAGCACUGACAGACAAGUCAUCUUCAAGUAUAAUCCAUGUCGUCCCCGAUUCCUCUGGAAUGAGAUUCAUAUUCUACAGCUCUUGCCUUCUCAUCCCAACAUCGUGCCCCUCGAUCAUAUCGUAUUGGCCGAUGUUGAGGCCCGAAUACUUGGGUUUACCACGAGAUUCGUGAAAGGGGGAGAUUUCGCCAAGAACAAAACGCGCCUUUUCAAGGUCAAGUGGCUCCAACAGCUCACCGACGUGCUGGACUACCUCCAUCUCGAGGUUGGUGUUGCGCAUGGAGACAUACAGCCGAAGAACCUCCUCUUCGAUCCCGAAACCGACAACCUCCAGCUCAUUGACUUCGGUAUGGUCAGUAGUGCCUCCGAAUAUUGCAUACAGGAAGACAUGGACUUGACCUACUUCGCUCUAUAUGCCAUCAUCACCCUUGACUUGGAGCUUUUCCCAACACUGCGCUCCUAUGAUACUGCAGUACUCAAGGAUAAGCCCUGGCCGACCAACAGAAAGCUCGAUUGUGAAGCUUCGCAACUUCGAAAACAUCUGGACGACUGGGUCAAGCGGCGGAAGGAGACUCGCAAAACUGGCUCGCAGGCUACCAUCAAGAAAUUUCCUGGAUCGGGACGGAUCGAGGAGAGUGAGACCUUGGCAUGGCCCGAGCUAGAGUUGUACGACGAAGAGGAAGAGGAAGACGAUGCGAAAGCCGAAGAGGCAGAACGGAAGCGAUAUAAGUUCCCAUGGCGACGGCCUUCAUACGCCGAAGCAUAUCCCGAGAGAGUGUCUAAGAAGAGGCAGGCACCUGAUUCGGAAGCGCCCGACUCUCCAGUCCUGGAAAAGAAGCCAAAGGCGUAG